AUGGCGGAGCAGUUCGUCGGAUACACCGUCCUGGUCACACUCAGAUCCCCGCCAAACUGCCAGGUGCAGGGCGUAGUGGCCGACGUCGUUGGGCAGCGAUUGACAUUGCGAGAUGUAACCUUGCUGUGGAAUAACCAGAAUCUCCCCUUGUAUCACAUUGAAGCUCCUGGUAUCGCGGACCUGGAGCUAUCAGCGGACCAAAGCACUGCACCCGCAUCCAAUAUCACCCAACGAGCUGCAACGUUCCAUAGCGCGUCCCCUCUCGCCCCUCCACAAUAUCAAGCACAAGUAUCGCGGCCCAUUUCGAAUUCACCCCUCACCCAAGUCGAACCAAGCCUGCAGCAGUUCGUGGAUCCAGCAAUCCUAAGCUAUCAAAAACCACCAAAUAGACCUCAGAAUGUCGUUAGCACGAUCCCGCCUCUCGCGAAGACGCCGACUGUCGCGUCUCCUAUCAUGAUUGAGGGUCAUGAGCUACCAGCCCCAUCUCGCGCUACACAGACUGUUCCGUUUACAAGUGCACCGGACAGUGUUACCGCUACUGCAACAUUGAGUGCUCCGUUUAAUGGCUUGAGCCUAAAAGGAGGUGACGGCAUAAUGGAAGAAAAAACUGUUUACCAGGAUGCAACUGAGCAAGCUUGCCCGGAGGGUCGACAGGGCGCCGGUCCCCUCGAAGUGCCUCUCAAAUAUACAGGAAAGAGAAGUAGAAGAGGUGGCAGAGGAAAAUUACCAAAGGAAACCGCGUUGCAAACUUCUAGAGCGGAGGGUAACGAGUUGCACACUAAAGCUACGGAGAGCAGCCCGGCAUCAAAAGGCUGGAGACAAACGGCAUUCGUAGAACCAGCCCAAAACACUAGGUCCUCCCGUCCUGGCACCGCAAGACAAUCAAAAAGGCGUCACAGGCGCCACACUGAAGAACAAAAUGGCUGGGCAACUGAGGAUGCAACGGAUAUUCAAGAGCUGGGCGAUUUCGACUUCCAGACUAACCUUUCCAAGUUCGACAAACGCCGGGUUUUUGACCAAAUUAGAAAUGACGAUACCACGGCUGACGAAGAACGAUUGGUCAGUUAUAAUAGACGAGCAAGACCUGGAACCAAUGGUGGGAGGAACCUACACUAUACAGAGAACGUGCUCGAUCCUUCUCCUGAGACUAAGGAAAGGUGGGAUGAUGAGGUAGGGGAAACCGACGAAGAUGACAUUAGUGAGAACGAAUUUAGCAACGGGCAGAAUUCUAGCAGGGCUCGGUCUAGAGUGUCAAUUCAUGCACCACCGUCUCGCAAAGGCAGCGCUAGCCCACGACCAUCGCAAAAGCAGCUAGCGCAUACAGCUUCGCCAAUGACGGGAUCCUCCAGCUCAGCUGGCGGUUCUCUUCAUAUAGCAGCAACGAACAGACGCUGUCCAAGCGUCAGCCCGCUCCAAAUGUUAGAGAUUGAACAGUUGACCAUCUCAGAGCUCGGCUUGACAGAGGAUAUUAUCACUGAAAAUGCCGGAAGGAGCAUCGCAGAAGCAGUUAUUCUACUUUCCAAUAUUCACGUAUCUUCGAGUAUCCUAAUCUUUGCCGGUAACCAUCGGACUGGUUCUCGUGCAGUAGCUGCCGCGAGGCAUUUACGGAACCACAGUUACCGGGUCAACUUGUGUGUCUUGGGGCUUGACCGGGAAAAUGAGUUUGCGGAUGGCUUCCGCAAGCAGGUCGACAUUUUCAAAAGAUCAGGAGGCAAAGUGCUAAGAUGGGGGGAUAUUUCAAACAGGCUAUCAGCCGUAGACUAUGUACCUGAGCUUGUUGUGGAUGCGCUCUUUGGCAUGCAUGUUGCUUUUGAAGACUUGCGGACAGAUGAUCAGCAAACUGCUUUUGAGAUAGUCUCUUGGUCAAAUCGGAGCGGAAUCGAUAUACUAUCUAUUGACAUACCAACAGCACGCUCAGCGUCCUCCGGCGAAUCAACUCUUGUGCAAGGGUCCCGCUUAGCAGUUAAUGCAAAAUUCAUUGUCUGCUUGGGCGCUCCAAAAACAGGCUUAGUUAAUGCGUUGGUUGCUGGCGAAGGCGAUACCUGGCAACUUGCCGUCGCGGACGUUGGCAUCAGCCAAGCAGCGUGGAGGAAAUUCGGAACCAGGAGGCGUCAUGGAGUCGACUUCGGGAAUAAAUGGGUUGUACCGCUAAAUUUCCAAGCAAGUACACCCUAG